UAAUCAUAUCUGGACUGGCUGUAAAAUCUCAGAUAAAAUUAGAUGAUGAGAUUAAAGUGCUGCUAAAUCGCCCCAAAAACACGGAAUUCCCUUACAGAAAUCUGAUCCCUAAAACGGAAGAGACCUCCUCAAUCGUGAAAUCCACUAUGUUCCCGCGGCCCAACCAGAUUCAACCCCCGUUCUCAAACUCUUUCCCCCGCCCCAAAUCUUUCUUAUUCCCCCUCCAAGAUGGAGGCGCUGGAGGUUUUGGGGGGCUACCCGACCAAGCCCUUAAACCCGAGAGCCCGAAUGGUCAGGGUUCUACUGAGUAUGACGGUGUGCAUGGGAUGUUUAUUAAUGCUACAUAGUUUUCUCAAAAUCUCCAAGUCCAGGAAGCCGCAAGAUUUCUAUUCUUUUGAGGUGAAGGACGCCAAAGGGAGAAGCGUUUCUUUGGAGAGAUACCGAGGCAAAGCGUCUCUGGUUGUCAACGUGGCGAGCCACAGCGAACACACUGAGAUGAACUAUCGCUCUCUGCAGGAGCUGCACCGGGAAUUGGGUACGUCCCAUUUCAACGUCCUGGCUUUUCCCUGCGGCCAGUUCGGGGAAACCGAGAUGGGGGCCAGCCGGGACAUCGAGGCCUACGCCAAGAACACCUAUGGCGUCACCUUCACCAUCUUCAGUAAGGUCAAAAUCAUGGGGUCGGAGGCGGAGCCAGCCUUCAAAUUCAUAACAGAUUCUGUGAAGAAGGUUCCGAAGUGGAACUUCUGGAAGUUCCUGGUGAACCCUGAAGGCCAGGUGGUGAGGUUCUGGAAGGCAGAGGAGCCCGUCGACAGCGUUCGUCAGGAGGCGAUAACCAUGGUGCGUCACAUUAUUCUAAAGAAAAGGACAGAGCUCUGACGGGAUGGCGAGGAGUGGAAUAAGGACACCUCUGAUGGUUUCAGAGUUUGAAUUAAAGGUUAUGAGGUAUUAAUUAAGAUACAAAGUCAACUCUGUUAUUUGCUGAGUGGUGACUUUAGGGCUCGUGCCUUGUGGUAUGGGGAAGGAUUUGCCAUUAUUUUUCUGAAGAUGAAGACUGAAGAUGAUGACUAUUGCAAUAAGAGAUUAAAGGGUGUGUGUGUUGUGCCACUAAGAGGGUGACACUGACAUUUCCUGACAACCACCAGGUCCAUAGUGAAUUCCCUGACAACCACCAGGUCCAUAGUGAAUUCCCUGACAACCACCAGGUCCAUAGUGAAUUCCCUGACAACCACCAGGUCCAUAGUGAAUUCCCUGACAACCACCAGGUCCAUAGUGAAUUCCCUGACAACCACCAGGUCCAUAGUGAAUUCCCUGACAACCACCAGGUCGGUAGUGAAUUCCCUGACAACCACCAGGUCGGUAGUGAAUUCCCUGACAACCACCAGGUCCGUAGUGAAUUCCCUGACAACCACCAUGUCCAUAGUGAAUUCCCUGACAACCACCAUGUCCAUAGUGAAUUCCCUGACAACCACCAGGUCCAUAGUGGAUUCCCUGACAACCACCAGGUCCAUAGUGAAUUCCCUGACAACCACCAUGGCUUGUUAAACCAGUAUAAUCACCUCAAAGAACCAUUAUUAUGUGUAACAUAGAUAUGUCUGAUUUAAAGCAGGUUGUUAUUUGUUUUGUCAUUGCCAGAUUAAAAGACUGUUCUUUACACAUGUUAAUCCCUGGUUACAGUAAUGUAGAACAAUCAUUAUGUUCUUUAAACAUGUUCAUCCACGUUUACAGUAAUGUAGAAAAAUAAUGUAAUGUAUAACAUCUCUACCAGUAUUGGAUUAAUAGAUAAAUGUUUACAAAUGUUGGAUUUCAAA